AGACUUCCACCAGCGCGAGCGUCAACGAGCGGGGUUGUGACAGCCAGAGACACCGGUUGAAGCUGACUUGUCCCCGGCCACUCAUUACCGCCGCAAGUCUAAAAGGAGGUAAUCUCCACUCAAGCGACCAGAGAGGGCUCCUGUCUGUCGGCGUGAAGAGCCUUCGUCUCCCCCUCAGCCUCUCUGGAGCUGUCGCCUCGUCCUCGUCUGGCUCCAUAGUGGAACUCUAGCCCCUCCGUCAGGACCGUGGCAGAGUGUCGAGGACCGGCGGCCAGCGGGGCUCCAUGAGUGCGACGGGGCAGCAGCAAGGGGGGACCCUGCGCUCUCGUCGGGGGCUCUUGCGGGACAAGGAGCCCGCCGGGCAAGGCAUAGGCAUGGAGGCGAGUUGCUGGCUGGCCCCCGGGGUCUUGCGCCGGCUGAUUGAGCUGCCCUCGCCCCCCCUCUCCAGACACCAGCUAAAAAGGCUGGAGGAGCACAGGUACAGCAGUGCAGGCCGCUCGCUGCUGGAGCCUCUGAUGCAGCGUUACUGGGAGUGGUUGGUGGCUCGCGUUCCUGCCUGGAUCGCUCCCAACCUGAUCACCAUUAUUGGCCUGGCUACCAACAUCUUCACCACACUGGUGCUGGUCUACUACUGCCCUACAGCCACCGAGCAGGCUCCUCUCUGGGCGUACCUGCUGUGUGCGGUGGGUCUCUUCGUGUACCAGUCGCUGGACGCCAUCGAUGGCAAGCAGGCCAGGCGCACCAACAGCAGCUCACCACUGGGGGAGCUCUUUGACCACGGCUGUGACUCCCUUUCCACCGUGUUUGUUGUGUUGGGGACCAGUAUAGCUGUGCAGCUGGGCACAAACCCGGACUGGAUGUUCUUCUGUUGCUUUGCUGGAAUGUUUAUGUUCUACUGCGCCCACUGGCAGACCUACGUGUCGGGAACGCUACGAUUUGGCAUCAUCGACGUGACAGAGGUGCAGCUCUUCAUCAUCACCAUGUACCUGCUGGCCGCUGUGGGAGGCUCUUCGCUCUGGCAGUCACUGAUUCCCAUCCUAAAUAUCCAGAUGAAAAUGGUUCCUGCCAUUUUCACAUUUUUAGGAGCCAUCUUCUCCUGCACCAAUUACUUCCGAGUUAUCUUCACAGGAGGCGUGGGCAAGAACGGCUCCACAAUAGCGGGAACCAGCGUCCUCUCUCCCGUCCUGCACAUUGGUUCUGUUAUAGUCCUGGCCAUCAUGAUUUACAAGAAGUCUUCUGUCCAGCUGUUUGAGAAACACCCGUGUCUUUAUAUUCUGGCGUUUGGCUUCGUCUCCGCCAAAAUCACCAAUAAAUUAGUUGUAGCACACAUGACAAAAAGUGAGAUGCAUCUCCACGAUUUAGCCUUCUUGGGACCAGGGCUCCUCUUCCUCAAUCAGUAUUUCAAUAGUUUUAUUGACGAGUACCUAGUGCUGUGGAUUGCACUGGUCAUUUCCUUGUUCGACCUGGUGCGCUACAGUAUCAGCGUCUGCAACCAGAUCGCCAGCCACCUCCACAUCUUCGUCUUCAAGAUCAAGCCGUGUUCCGUCCUCGGCUCGCCCAAGCACUGAGCUCCCUCUCGACCGUCACUGAAUCCACCAUCAGUCGCUCUCGCCCCUCCUGUUCCCACAUAGGCCGCCGUGUAAAAUGAAUGUCAGGACAAAUCAUCUGUCCUAAUGGUACUGCAGUGUGUUUUCUUUCCACACAGGACAUUGUUCAGGUGCUACCACACCAGGGAAUCCACUCCCUGCGAGAAAAGGUCACCACUCCGACUCUUAAAUGUUCUGUCGUUACAUUCUGCUACUGUAAAUACAAAGCUAUGACUUCUUUCUUCAGACCCUCUGCAGAGAACCUAUUAUUAUUAUUAUUAGUGUACAUUCUGUUCACUGAUUAUUUACUGAUCCUAUUUGUAUUUAUUUGCCAACGUGGCUGCAGCGUUGUUGUCAUUGUAAGAACACUCAGCAGCCAACUUUCUUUUCGCCUCGAUGCUCAAGCAGCGGCCCGAAUCGUCUUACGCACUUUUGAUCUUUGUUCAAAUUUAGGUUGGCUAACCAGCGGUUUCUUCACAGGUCAGCAGCAAGUAAGUACAGUACAGUACAGGCCAAAAGUUUGGACACACCUUCUCCUCGGUUUUUUUAAUUUUCAUGACUAUUUACAUUGUAGAUUGUCACAUCACAACUAUGAAUGAACACACGUGGAGUUAUGUACUUAACAAAAAAAGGUGAAAUAACUGAGAACAUGUUUUAAAUUCCAGUUUUUUUUCUCACUCUUGGCAUUCUCUGGAUGAGCUUCAAGCACAUCUGUGAAGUGAAAAACAUUUCAGGGGACUACCUCUUAGAAUAGAAUAGAAAGUACUUUAUUGAUCCCUGGGUGAAAUUCACCACAAUUCGCUCACAAUAGACAACAAACACUUGGGUAUUUUUCACGUGUGAAUAAUAUAAAUACAGUCUAUUAUACAGCAUUAUUCACAUGUGAAUAACAUACAUACAGUCUAUUAUACAGCAUUAUUCACAUGUAAAUAACAUACAUACAGUCUAUUAUAGAGCAUUAUUCACAUGUGAAUAAUAUAAAUACAUUAUACAUUUACAGUACAUGUGCAGUACUUGAAGCUCAUCAAGAGAAUGCCAAGGCUGUGCAAAGCAGUAAUCAGAGCAAUGGGUGGCUAUUUUGAAGAAACUAGAAUAUAAAACAUGUCAGUUAUUUCACCUUUUUUUUGUUCCACACGUGUUCAUUCAUAGUUCUGAUGUGACAAUCUACAAUGUAAAUAGUCAUGAAAAUAAAGAAAACGCAUUGAAUGAGAAGGUGUGUGCAAACUUUUGGCCGGUACUGUACCUGUGGAAAACUGGUUUUGCUGGUUUAUAGCUGGAAACUUCAGAUGCACACCAUUUAGUGGGAUGUCUUAUAUCUGGUGCCGCUUCUAGCAACUUCCUGGCGGUCCACAUUGGCAUUAUCCCUGCUACAUUCCAAUCAAACUGACGGUCGCUAAGGAUUGAAAAGACACGGCCUCAUCUAAUAUUCCUAUAUCGCUCACUAUUAACAGGCUGCCACUCACCUUUCUUCAUUUUGCACAUUGUGCCUGUUUCUUGUUUUGAGCCGCAGCAAAGAGUAUCUAUAAUGUUGACUGUUGUCGUCUUAACGUGGGCCCUCGAAAGGUUUAUUUCACCCAAAUCUUCAAAAUCAUUUGUCUUCUAAUGCCUUCAGGUGGAAUAUCUAGGGAAUGGUCAUAACUCUUUGUAGAAUAAAGAUGUCAAGUUCAGACGGGAGAGCAGUCGGUGUUGUUACCAACGUCUUUGUUUGGAGUAUUUUAAGUCCACAUGUGCAUGAAUUGGAUUGAGAAACCACAUCCAGUAUAAGAAAGAAAAGGUCAUGUAGAAUAAAAAAAAAUAAAGCCAUUAUUUUUUAUGAGAUCAAA